AUGCCUGUACAAAUUGAAAAAUUAAUCAAAAAUGAGAGGAGUGAAAAAAUCACUAAUGUAUUUCAAUCAAUAUACAAAAAGAAGCCAGAUUUUUUUGUGAGGGUGCCAGGAAGGGUGAAUUUGAUUGGAGAACACAUAGACUAUUGCGGCUAUGGAGUUUGUCCGAUGGCCUUAGAUCAGGACAUUUUUCUGGCAGUAGGCACAGCAGGAGAAGGGAAAAAAUUGAGACUGCACAAUGUCGAUAGGAAAUUUGAGGAUUUUGAGUGCGAACUUGAUGAUAAUAUAGAGAUCUCUUUAGAAAAUGGUCCUCCAAAAUGGUACCAAUACUUCUUGUGCGGCAUCAAAGGCAUCUUAGAAACCCUCCCUAAGGAUCAACUUCAAAACCUGCCCAGUAUUUGUGUGGUGGUGAGUGGCACAGUGCCACAAAGCGCUGGAUUGUCGAGCAGCAGUGCUUUGGUUAGCGCAGCUGCUUUGGCAGCUGCGCACAGUUUAAAGCUGCAGUUGCCCAAAGAAGAAUUGGCCAAUUUGUGUGCCAGAUGCGAAAGGUAUAUUGGUACUCAGGGAGGCGGUAUGGAUCAAGCGAUUGCUUUUUUAGCUAAAGAAGGGUGUGCCAAAUACAUUGAAUUCGAACCACUGCGAUCCACUGAAGUGAUAUUACCAACAGGAGCUGUAUUCGUGAUAGCUCACAGUCUGACCAACUUAAAUAAAGCCGCAACUGGAGAUUUCAAUUGUAGAGUUGUCGAGUGUAGAUUAGCUGCACAGAUUAUCGCUCAUAAAAAUUCUCUGGACUGGACGAAAAUCAAACGUUUGGGUGACCUACAAAAAUUGCUCGGCCUCAAUUUGGACGAAAUGCUAGCGUUGACUGGCGAAUGCCUAAAAACGACACCGUACACCAAACAGGAUAUUAUCCAGGAAUUAAAUACCACUUCCAGUCUGGUGGACACGGUGUCGCUGACUCCCAACACUCGUGAUAUAGAGAAAUUUAAGUUGUAUCAGAGGGCUUUGCAUGUGUUUAAUGAAGCUAAACGUGUAAAACAAUUUUACGAAACUUGCAAAAACGCUGCCGGAGGCGAAGACACAUUACUUACUUUAGGCACCCUUAUGAGCCAAAGUCACGAAAGUUUAAGAGACUUGUACGAGUGCAGUCAUCCUCAACUAGACAAGCUUGUGGAAAUAUCCAAAUCUUUUACUCUAGGUACUCGCUUGACAGGAGCUGGUUGGGGUGGUUGUACCGUUUCCCUUGUUGCUCCAGAAAAUGUCCAAAAAUUCAUUGACUCUAUCAAAGAGAAUUUUUUUAAACCUUUAGGAGUCACUGAAGGGUUUGAAUUUAUAGUUUUUACUACCACACCUAAAAGUGGAGCUUGUAUUUAUGUUCAUAAUGAAUAA